CUUUACCUUCGCGCACCCGCUGUCUCACGCGGAGUCUCGUCGGUAUUUUCCCACAGUCAGCAGUAGUGAGAGGACGAAGGCGCGCGGAGUAGAGCGGCGCCGGCACGGAGGAGAGAAGACUCACGAACAUCUCGCUGCGAGAUUUAUUGACGGUGUGUAGCUGCUGCUGGUCCAGUCUGGCUCGCAGAGCCCGCAGUAUGUGCGAACGAGGAAGUUGAAGACCGUCUCGAUUCCUUCUGGGACCUCGGCGAGUGCUUUUGACGUGAAGGAGGUCAGGAAGGAUUCCCCACAACAGAUGUGCAGGAUUUGUGCGUGGAAAGCUGAGGAUUGCCGUAGUCUCCAUGAGAAUUACACCACACUCAACUGGCCUUGCCUAGAUCUGACAGGUAGCGCCCGCGCCAUGAGGACUCUGCUAAAGUACCUGGAUAGGAUGAGAUGUUUCCGGAAGCGCUCUACCAUUCCCUUUCUGGUGGUGCUGAUUACUUUUCUGCUUUUCAUAAACCUCUACAUGGAGGACGGCUACGUGCUAGAGGAGGACAAACGACAGUUGAGGGAGGCGUCUAUGCACCCGCUAAAUUCUGAGCGAUACGUUCACACCUUCAAAGACAUCACCAAUUUCUCUGGAGCCAUUAAUGUGACAUAUCGCUACCUGGCUGGAACUCCUUUGCCUCGAAAAAAGUAUCUCACGAUUGGACUGUCAUCAGUGAAAAGGAAACGAGGAAAUUACCUUCUGGAGACUAUCAAAUCCAUUUUUGACCAGUCAAGCUAUGAGGAGCUCAAAGAGAUCAUUGUGGUGGUCCACCUUGCAGACUUCGACCUGGCUUGGUGUGAGAGCUUGGUCCAAGAGAUCUCCAGGAAAUUCGGUCACCAUAUUAUUGCAGGUCGUCUUCUGAUCAUUCACGCACCCGAGGAGUAUUACCCGUCUUUGGAUGGGCUAAAGCGAAACUACAACGACCCAGAGGACCGGGUGCGGUUCCGCUCCAAGCAGAAUGUGGACUACGCUUUCCUCCUCAACUUCUGUGCCAACCUCUCUCACUUUUACGUGAUGCUGGAGGACGACGUGCGAUGCUCACGGAACUUCCUCACGGCACUGAAGAAGGUGAUCACGUCCAGAGAGGGCUCGUACUGGGUGACACUGGAGUUCUCCAAGCUGGGCUACAUCGGGAAGCUUUACCACUCGCGAGAUCUUUCCCGACUUGCACAUUUCCUGCUCAUGUUCUAUCAGGAGAUGCCCUGCGACUGGCUCCUGAUCCAUUUCCGAGGCCUACUGGCCCAGAAGGAUGUGAUACGCUUCAAGCCAUCCCUCUUCCAGCACAUGGGAUACUACUCAUCUUACAAGGGGGCUGAGAACAAACUAAAAGACGACGAUUUUGAGGAAGACUCACUUGAUAUCCCAGACAACCCGCCUGCCACGCUGUACACAAACAUUAAUGUGUUUGAGAGCUAUGAUGCAGCCAAAGCAUAUAGUAGUGUGGAUGAAUAUUUCUGGGGCAAGGCGCCUUCCACCGGCGACUUCUACGUCAUAGUCUUCAACAAGGCCACCAAAAUCAGUAAGAUAAAGAUUGCCACCGGGACGGACGAUCGGCAAAAUGACAUUUUGCACCAUGGAGCUUUGGAAGUUGGGGAGAAAUUGGUGGGAACCAAAAAAGGCAAGCAGUGCUCCUCCUACAUCACACUAGGGGAGUUUAAGAAUGGGAACAUCGAGGUUAACCACGUGGACCAUAAGAUCGCUUUUGACAUAGAGUGUGUUCGCAUUGUUGUUACAGCGAACCAGAAAGAAUGGCUGAUCAUCAGAAGCAUAUGCCUGUGGACUACACAGACUCCAAGUCAGUGAGAACUGGUGUGGACCAUUACAAUAUCCAUCACACAAAGGCACAACAAUCGGUUGUUCAGUUUGCUCUUUAUUUAUCUUUUUAUUCAGUUUUCUAUUUAUUAUAUUAUUUAUUCUUUUUUAAUAUCAGAGAACCCUUUGGUUCACACUUUAAGUAUAUAUGGAAGUACAUGCCACAUGUCAAAGAUUCAUAUUUUUCUGAUGACUUUACCACCAACACUUCAAGAAUGAUAUUACUCUUUGGCUUAUCCUUUUUCCCUGAUUAUUCCACAUCUCUUCAGCUGAAAACCUCAGCAGCCAAGCUGUCCAGGUUUUGUUCGCUGGGCAGUGGGUGGCUUAUUCAGUUCCAGCCGCAGUCUUGGGAGGUGCAGUAACGUGCUCAUGACCUGCUGAAACCUUCACAAAAAAGCAUCUCUAAGCAAGCUUUUGUUGUUGUUGUUGCUGAUGUUAUUGUUGUUCAUAGUUUUGAUUUGUAAUAUUUCCCCCAAAAUUUUUUGUUGUUGUUUGUUUUUUUAGUUGACAGUUUCCUUAUCCUUCCAUCAUAUUAGCAAGCACAUGGUCAAUGCAACAUUGAAUAUACAAUGUAUUGUGGCAUGAAUUUAGUCGACAGCUGUUCUUAUUGUCUUCCCAUUGAGUGGUAGCAAAAAAAAAGUCAUUUUAUUCAAUCAACCUUAGGCCCAGAGGGUCACCUUUAGACUAGUGUUUUGAGAUUGCAGUGUGUAGUUUGUCAGUGUUUUCCUUCGAAAGCAUGGCCCCGGACCCCCGUUUCAUCUGAGCCAUCCUCUGAAGGCUCGUGAUUGAACGGUACAGUGCCAAACGAGCUGGACUGCUCUCCCCUUCUUUUUCCUUUGGCCUCGUUUUGCCUCAGCACAAUAUUAUCCAGGUAAAUUGGAUUUUGUUUUGGCGUUCCCCGUGUUCAGUCACAACAGUAAUACCUCCCCCCACCCCCCACCCUCCCCUGUGUUUAUCACUCUCUCCUCUAUCACCUAGAUCAAUCUACUUCGGCCCAUCACUGACCUUAUGUCUUCUGCAUUCACUGACAUUAGCCCUGCUUACAGAAAAAACAGGAUCAGACUAAAUAAACGUUUACAUAGUAUGAUAGGACUAGUGAAAACUGUGCAGACUACAGUCUACGCAGACUACCCCCAGACAUAUCUUAGCCCUGGUGAGACCACCAUUUCCUGAUCAGGCGAGGUGUUUUCUUUUGCUGGAUGAAUGGGGGCUUUUGUCAGCGUAGACAGAACCACCUGAGAAAGCACCAGGUGGGUAUUCAAAUUCAUACCGACAGGAUUGCUGGAAGCUCUCUGCUGGCUUCAUAAUGAACUACUUGAAAACAUGUCACUCAGCGGAGCAAGAAGGGCCCGGAAGCGAGGAAUCCUGGAAUUCAGUUUAGGCUUUAUUUCUUGUUUUCAAAUUGUCUGCACUUUGAACCUGAUUGGCAUUGUACUGUACUCAGUUUGUAAUUUGAUAUAAAUGCUGUUUACAACGGAUGACAUUACACUUGGAGUGCUGUCUAGGUCUUUAAGUGAAGAGAAUGUCUUUUUGAUGUAUAUUUAUGUUGUAUUCUCUCAUCACAUCGUUUGUCACAUGGUACUGUAUGAAUAUUGUAAAAUGACAUAUAUUUUUUUACAUGUAUCAUUAGAUCUGUUUGCCUUGUAUAUUGUACCUAAAUACAAAUUGAAUCAAAGAUGUAUGGAAACAAACAUGAAUGCCAUAGAUCUGGGAAAAAUAUCCAGUUCUGCUCUUUUUUUCUGUGUACACUAGCUUUUCAUAGAGUUAAAAGAAUACUCUUUUGAGAUAAAAUGUGUGCACCACAAAUGCAUGUACACACCCACACGCCAAAACGCACACACACACAGUCUGAGAAGUGAAGUCAAUUAUUUUUCUGGAAUAUUCUCAGGACCUGUGUCCUCCCAUGCUUCCAGGCCUGUAUUUGUUUUGAUAUACCAGUGUUUACAAGUUAAAACAGGCCAUUCUGUUUUUAACCCCCACCACACACACCACCGACAAAUAAACAUUAACUUAUGUGGCAUUUAAAGUAGGUUUGGA